AUGCGCAGGGUGACUCAGCUGGUUCACACCACCGCCGCCGCCGCUAAUGUCUUGUCUCUACUACCCAAUAUUUCUACUUUCUGCACUCCCUUUGUGCCCAUUAGUAAUAACCUAAGCCAAGACAAGUUUAAUUUCUUCUCCCAUACAUCAUUGUUUCUCACCCGGAACCAGAAAUGGAGACAGAACAUGUUGCUUGCAACAAGACCACUUCUAAAAGAUGGGAACCUCAGUAUUAAUGGCAAGGAGGUCUUGAAAGAUGUCCCAGAUAACAUCGUAGUCAUGCCAUUAACGGAUACCUCCGCUUUUGUUGGUGCUACCUCCCCUCACGCCAGCUCCCGACAUGUUUUCAAGCUCGGAGUCAUUAAGGAUGUGAGGCUACUCUGCUUGUUUAGAUUUAAACUUUGGUGGAUGAUACCCCGGACUGGAAGUUCAGCAAGUGACAUUCCUCUUGAAACUCAGAUGCUGCUCUUGGAAGCAAGACAAGGACCAACUUCUAGCCAAUCUACUUAUAUAAUUUUCUUGCCUGUUCUAGAUGGCAAUUUUAGAAGCAGUUUGCAAGGCAACUCAUCAGAUGAGCUAGAGUUUUGUGUUGAAAGCGGUGAUCCUGCAGUUGUUACAUUAGAAUCCCUGAAAGCAGCUUUUGUGAAUUAUGGAGACCAUCCAUUUGAUUUGGUGAAGGAUUCUAUGAUGAUUCUGGAGAAGCAGUUUGGAACCUAUUUGGCCUACCAUUUGCAGAUGCCAGGAAUUCUAGAUUGGUUCGGUUGGUGCACAUGGGAUGCAUUCUACUCUGACGUUAAUCCCCAAGGAAUUAAAGAUGGGCUAAUGAGUUUAUCCCAGGGAGGGACACCUGCAAGGUUUCUACUAAUAGAUGAUGGGUGGCAAGACACCAUUAAUGAGUUUCUGGAACAAGGGGAACCAUUUGUUGACGGGUUACAGUUUGGUAGCAGAUUGGCUAGCAUUAAGGAAAAUAAGAAAUUACGGAGAAUAGCGAACGAAGCUAACAGCAAGACGCCCAGUGAUCUUAAAGAAUUUAUUUCAGAUAUUAGGAGGACUUUUGACCUAAAGUAUGUUUAUGUUUCGCAUGCACUGCUGGGGUAUUGGGGUGGCUUGGUUCCAAAUAUAGUGGCAACUAAAAAUUAUGAUCCGAAAUUGCGAUACCCUAUACUCUCACCAGUAUAUUUAGCAAAUAUGAGGGAUAUAUCAAUGGAUUCAAUGGGGAAGCAUGGUAUUGGUUUGGUUGAUCCUGAUAAAAUAUCUCAGUUUUAUGAUGAUCUACACGGGUACCUAUCCUAA